AUGGAAAACUCUCGAGAUUGUCUCGAUGGCAUCGAAGCAAAGCGUGCCUCACUGGAUUUGAAGCUCAAUCAGCCACAACACCAAUCUGUGCAGACGCCGCCUGUAGACCGAGGCGUUCACCACAACGCCGUCGCGUUCAAGAAUCUUCUACGGGCUGAGGAACACUUGGGCAUCAACUCGCACUAUUUCGAGGCAAUCCAAACUGACCUCACCGAGCGGGCCCGGCAAACGGCCAUCGACUGGCUGAGCGACGUCAGCAAGGAUAGCCACGCCGAUGCUGGUGUUCUUCCCCUGUCCACCCUGAUUUUUGAUCGUUUCCUGUCGUGCCAGGGGAUCUACAAAAAGGACCUGCAGGGCCUCGCGGCUACUUGCUAUUUUUUGGUCAGCAAGAUUAAGGAAUCCACCCCAAUCUCUGCCCGCAAGAUGAGCAGCUACACGGCCGAUACCGUGUCCGUUGGGCAAAUUUUGAGCUGGGAAAUGCUGAUCUGCCAGCAGCUGGGCUGGGAUUUGGCCCUGCCGACAGCGGUCGACUUCUACGAUCAUGUGUGUGCCCUCUAUCCUUCUCUUGGCGCAUUGAGGGAUGUCUUCAUCGAGACCGUCCACAAACUCCAGCAAUCGUACAAACUCGCCCUCCUCCUUCCAUCCCUCCAGACAUGUCUCGCCCUCCUUGCCGCGGCUACAACUCGUCGUUCCCCCACUCUUAUUGCUGAGGCGAGGACGGCCAUCGCGGAGAUGUUCAAUGUGGAUCUGGCCCUUCUCGAGCCCUACCUCACCCAUAUUCAUGUCUAUUGCCAGGGGAAGAGGCCAAAGUAUGGGCGGAAGGCACCGCCAUCCACUUCCGAGCAGCGUGCCACCCCGGAGGUGAUCCCCAGCACCCAGUCGACGCACACGGAUGUGGAGAAGCUAGUUGCAUGCCGUCAUUCCCUUCCCGCGACCCCUCUCAACGAUUCUGGCUUCUCCUCGACAGUCUGUUCUCCAGAUGGAAGCCAUAGAUCGGCGGGUCCUCCUCUACCCGAGAUCGAUUCCGACUGUUCACCUCCAAAGAUGCGGAGGUUGUCCGUGGAA